CUGAGCGAACGCAGCUCUGUUCUCUGCUGUAAUAGACAUACAGAGGGGCGAACUGUUCUCCAGCCUGCAUCCUGGUUAUGAGCACCGCAUCCCAACAGCAUCACUGUGGACACCGUCUAAACCUGGACCUAAAAUAUCAAGUUAUAGGAAUUUACUGGAUUAAUAUUAUUGGAUGCCUUUUAAAUAACCAAGACACUGGUCUCUAAUAAGAAGAAGAAGAAGAAGAAGAAGAAGAAGAAGAAGAAGAAGAAGAAGAAGAAGAAGCGGCAUUACAUUUCUUCACGAUUGAUUAUUUGAAGAUCUGAAGCCAGGUUGUUACUUCUAAUGGGCCAAAUAAUUUCCAAGCCAACAUGAAGAAUGGUGUGUUUAUUCUGGUGAAAAUCAAAAGCAUCAUCUCUCCUGUCAGCCUGCUAAAUUGUGUCAUGAAUUACACAAUCUGAGGAUUAGCUCCAACCUCUGCUAAUUGCUUGAAGAAACUGUUUCCCUCCAUACUUUCUCACAUCCCUGGCCUAUAGAGGAUUAAACCUUCAGAUAAUCAUAAUUCAUUGUUAAACACAAUUUGGAGCAUUUUAUAAUUUAAACAGUCUUAGGACUGGUGUUGUUUUGGGAUUCCAACCAGUACUUUAAAAAUCAUUCAUUGGACUAGCAUAUCAUUUAACCUGUGUCAAAUUGAAUAUAAAUUGUUGGAUAUAUUGGAUAUAGCAUCCUUUUUAACCAAAGCAAAUUCAAUGAUACCUUGCUUUUAAGGAUUAUAGUUUCCCAAUUUACAAUGAAUCCUAUGUGCUUCACAUUCAAGACACACUUGUUGCUCAAUACUUUAUUUGGCCUGUGUUUUGGCCUUGAGUUUACAGGGACUCCUGGACAGUGGGCCCGUUACCUCCGCUGGGAUGCCAGCACAAGAAGUGACCUAAGCUUUCAAAUCAAAACAGAUGUUUCCACUGCCCUGCUUCUCUAUUUCGAUGAUGGCGGAUACUGUGAUUUUCUCCAGCUGAUGAUAGUUGAAGGGAAAAUGCAGUUGCAGUUCAGCAUUGACUGCGCAGAGACCACCAUUGUCUCUGAUAAAAGGGUGAACGACAGCAACUGGCACUUUGUCAUGCUGAGUCGCAGCAAUCUAAGAACUGUCCUAGUAGUGGACAGUGAAACACAAGCGGAUGAGGUCAGGCCACAGAGGCAGUACAUGAAAAUUGUUAGUGAUCUGUUCAUUGGAGGGGUUCCAUUGGAUAUCCGGUCAUCUGCAUUGACUCUGCCCCCAGUGAAAGACCAGCCAUUGUUUAAAGGAAUUAUCACAGAUCUCAAGUAUGGGAACGCAGAGCCCAACCUUCUUGGCAGUCAAGCUGUAAGAUUGGGCAUGGAAGGCAUGUGCACAGAAAAUCCAUGUGAAAAUGGUGGAAGUUGCUCGAUAAUAGAUGGGGAACCAAAGUGUGAUUGUUCCAUCACGGGAUAUGUGGGACGAUUCUGCAGUGAAGAAGUCAACCAUGUUCCAGGUUUCUCACAUCUGAUGAUGGGUGAACAAGCGAGAGAGGAAAACGUCGCCACCUUCCGAGGAUCCGAGUACUUUUGCUAUGACCUGUCUCAGAACCCCAUCCAGAGCAGCAGUGACGAGAUCACCCUGUCCUUCAAAACGUGGCAGAGAAACGGGCUCAUCCUGCACACAGGGAAGUCGGCAGAUUACGUCAACCUUGCCCUGAAGGACGGAGCUGUGUCCCUCGUUAUUAACCUUGGAUCGGGGGCUUUUGAAGCAAUAGUAGAGCCAGUAAAUGGCAAAUUCAACGACAACGCAUGGCAUGAUGUUAAAGUCACACGCAACUUGCGGCAGCACUCAGGCAUUGGACACGCUAUGGUAACAAUUUCUGUGGAUGGUAUCCUCACCACAACUGGUUAUACCCAAGAAGACUACACCAUGCUUGGCUCAGAUGAUUUCUUCUAUGUUGGUGGAAGCCCUAGUACAGCUGAUCUACCUGGUUCUCCUGUCAGCAACAAUUUCAUGGGCUGCUUGAAAGAGGUUGUUUAUAAAAACAAUGAUAUCAGAUUGGAGCUGUCGCGCCUGGCCAGGAUCGGAGACCCCAAAAUGAAGAUUCAAGGAGAUGUGGCGUUUAAGUGCGAGAAUGUAGCCACCCUGGACCCCAUAUCGUUUGAGACCCCGGAAGCGUUCAUCAGCCUCCCCAAAUGGAACACCAAAAGGAUGGGCUCGAUCUCCUUCGACUUCCGCACAUCAGAGCCAAACGGGCUUAUUCUGUUUACUCAUGGGAAACCCCAGGACAGGAAAGAUUCCAGAAGUCAGAAGAACACUAAGGUCGACUUCUUUGCCGUGGAGCUACUGGACGGCAGUCUGUAUUUGCUAUUGGACAUGGGAUCUGGCACAAUCAAGGUUAAAGCCACCCAGAAAAAGGUGAACGAUGGAGAUUGGUAUCAUGUGGAUAUACAGCGUGAUGGAAGAUCAGGUACCAUAUCUGUAAACAGUCGUCGCACCCCAUUUACUGCCAGUGGUGAAAGUGAGAUUCUUGAUUUAGAGGGUGACAUGUACUUAGGUGGUUUGCCAGAAAACCGAGCAGGGCUCAUCUUGCCCACAGAGUUGUGGACUGCAAUGCUCAACUAUGGCUAUGUGGGAUGCAUCAGAGACCUGUUUAUUGAUGGCCGAAGCAAAGAUAUAAGGCAGAUAGCAGAGGAGCAAAACGGUGCCGGAAUAAAGCCAUCAUGUUCCAAGAUCACCUCUAAACAGUGUGAAAGUUAUCCAUGUAAAAACAAUGCAGUAUGCAAAGAAGGCUGGAAUAGAUUCAUCUGUGAUUGCACUGGCACUGGCUCCUGGUCCAGAACCUGUGAAAGGGAGGCCUCCAUUCUCAGCUAUGAUGGUAGCAUGUACAUGAAGGUCGUGAUGCCCAUGGUCAUGCAUACAGAGGCUGAGGAUGUAUCCUUGCGCUUCAUGUCUCAACGGGCAUAUGGCCUGCUCAUGGCAACCACAUCAAGGGAGUCAGCAGACACACUAAGGCUUGAACUUGAUGGAGGACGCGUGAAACUGACUGUUAAUUUAGACUGUAUCAGGAUAAACUGUAACUCCAGCAAAGGACCGGAAACGCUGUAUGCUGGACAAAAACUCAAUGAUAAUGAAUGGCAUAUAGUCCGUGUGGUUCGACGGGGUAAAAGCUUGAAGCUCAUGGUUGACGAUGACACUGCUGAAGGUCAAAUGGUGGGAGAUCACACUCGCCUGGAAUUGCACAAUAUAGAGACAGGGAUUAUGACGGAGAGGCGCUACAUUUCAGUCAUCCCUUCCAGUUUUAUUGGGCACCUUCAGAGCCUGAUGUUCAACGGAAUGUUAUAUAUUGACCUUUGCAAAAAUGGUGACAUUGAUUUCUGUGAACUAAAUGCCAGGUUUGGAAUGAGGUCAAUCAUAGCUGAUCCAGUCACAUUUAAGUCCAAGAGCAGUUACCUUAGCUUGGCUACUCUUCAGGCCUACACUUCCAUGCACCUCUUCUUCCAGUUCAAAACAACCACUCCAGAUGGAUUCAUUCUCUUUAACAGUGGAGAUGGCAAUGAUUUCAUCGCUGUAGAGCUGGUAAAAGGGUAUAUUCACUAUGUUUUCGAUCUGGGGAAUGGUCCUAAUGUGAUCAAAGGAAACAGUGACAAAGCACUGCAUGACAAUCAGUGGCACAAUGUUGUGAUCACCAGGGACAACAGCAACACUCACACACUCAAGGUGGAUGCCAAGGCUGUCACACAGGUUAUCAAUGGUGCCAAAAACCUGGACUUAAAAGGUGAUCUCUACAUUGCUGGGCUAGCACAGGGCAUGUACAGCAACCUUCCUAAACUCGUGGCCUCCCGAGAUGGGUUUCAGGGGUGUUUGGCAUCCGUGGAUCUGAAUGGCCGUCUCCCAGACCUGAUCAAUGAUGCUUUGUACCGCAGCGGGCAGAUUGAGCGUGGAUGUGAAGUUGAGUUCACCAAAGCUGACCUACAAGGUCCCAGUACCACCUGCCAAGAGGACUCCUGUGCGAACAUGGGCAUCUGCAUACAGCAAUGGGAGAACUUCACAUGUGACUGCUCCAUGACAUCAUAUGCUGGCAACCAGUGCAAUGACCCUGGGGCUACGUACAUCUUUGGCAAAGGGGGAGGGCUCAUAAGAUACACAUGGCCAGCCAAUGACAGACCAAGUACUCGCACUGACCGCCUUGCAGUUGGCUUCAGCACAUCCCUGAAGGAUGGGAUCCUGGUACGGAUUGACAGCGCUGCGGGCCUUGGGGAUUUUCUUCAGCUACAUAUUGAGCAAGGCAAGAUUGGAGUCACAUUUAACAUCGGAACUAUAGAUAUCAGCAUCCAGGAAACCAGCACCCCAGUGAAUGAUGGGAAAUAUCACGUAGUACGUUUCACAAGAAAUGGUGGGAAUGCAACACUUCAGGUGGACAACUGGCCAAUAAAUGAACACUAUCCAACAGCGGGCAGACCAGUACCACCACAUGAAGACAGUAGGAGGCUCAGCAGCAGUGAUUAUGAGCGUCUUCAAAUGGUAAAUAAGAAAAUCCCAUUCAAAUAUACCCGGCCGGUAGAGGAGUGGCUACAAGAGAAAGGCCGGCAGCUAACCAUCUUCAAUACCCAGGCUACAAUAACAAUUGGAGGGAAUGACAGAAAGCGUCCAUUCCAGGGUCAGUUGUCUGGGCUCUACUACAAUGGCCUUAAGGUUCUCAACAUGGCAGCAGAAAACAACAUCAACAUUAAAAUAAACGGCAGUGUAAGGUUGGUGGGUGAUGUGCCCUCUGUCCUGGGAUCAACAACAACUUCCAUGCCUCUAGAAAUGUCCACAACCUUCAUAGAGACCACCACCACAAUGUCAACAACUACAACCCGAAAGCAUCGAUCUCCACCUACCAUUCAGACUACAGAUGACAUUGUUUCCUCUGCGGAGUGCUCCAGCGAUGAUGAGGACCUUGAUGAGUGUGACACAGGUCAUCCAGGUGGGAUAGGAGGUGAAUUAGUAAUCCCUGUACUUGUAGAAGAUCCCUUAGAAAUCCCUCCUAUAGCUACUCGUGCACCCUUCAUCACCCUCCCCCCUACCUUUCGCCCCCUCCUUACCAUUAUUGAGACCACCAAAGAUUCCCUGUCCAUGACCUCUGAGGCGGGGUUACCUUGCUUGUCGGACCAAGGCAGCGAUGAUUGUGAUGAUGAUGGCUUGGUGAUAUCUGGGUAUGGCUCAGGGGAAGCUUUUGACUCUAACCUGCCCCCUACUGAUGAUGAAGAUUUUUACACCACCUUCUCCCUGGUAACAGAUAAGAUCAUGUCUACGUCGGCCUUUGAAGGUGGCUACAAAGCACAAGCGCCCAAGUGGGAGUCCAAGGACUUUAGACCUAACAAAGCCUUCGAAUCUGGUAGGACUACUACCACGUCUUUGUCCCCUGAGCUGAUCCGCACCACAACUUCUUCCACGCCCGAAAUGGUACCCAAAUUGCCAGCAGGCAAAAUGAAUAACCGAGAGCUUAAGCCCCAGCCAGACAUAGUGUUGCUUCCAUUGCCCACUGCCUAUGAGCUAGACAGCACAAAGCUAAGGAGCCCAUUAAUAACCUCCCCAAUGUUCCGUAAUGUACCCACAGCAAACCCCACGGAGCCAGGCAUCAAACGGGUUCCGGGGGCCUCAGAGGUGGUUCGUGAAUCUAGCAGCACCACUGGAAUGGUCGUCGGAAUAGUUGCUGCAGCUGCUUUGUGCAUCUUAAUUCUCCUCUAUGCCAUGUAUAAAUACAGAAACAGGGACGAAGGAUCUUACCAGGUUGAUGAAACUAGAAAUUACAUAAGCAAUUCAGCACAGACAAAUGGCGCUGUUUUGAAGGAGAAACAGCAAAGUGCAAAAAGUAGCAACAAGAAACAGAAAAACAAGGACAAAGAAUAUUAUGUGUAAAAAUAGAAAAAAUAUAAAGAGGACUAUAUUAAAUCAACAUAUCGGAAGUUGCAAUUUUAAAGAAGAAAAAAAAACUCCAAGCAACGCAAGGAGAAAGUGAACUAUAUUGUAAUAUAAAGCACACUUACUAUUGUAAGCAUACGAAGAUGGCUACUAGCAACAUUAGUGACCUUAUUCUUCAGUCUGGUCGAAGAAGUUAUCAGUGUAGAAUACUUCACAGCUACAUCAUCCCAAGUGACUUUUAGAGAUCUGUGAUCCUUGACGUAAACUUUGUUUUUUGUAACCCUGUAACAAUAUUUUGGCCAUUUCGAGCAUGUAUGCAACAUGUAGUGCUGGCAACUUUUUAAGAAUGGGUCUAAAAAAAAAUUAAAUAAAUAAGGAUCAUCUAAAAAAGGGACUAUUGCCAUAAAAAUGACAAAUUUGUAUUGUUUCUACAUUAUAAAGUGUUGUGUCUUAUCAUUUUUGCUGUUUGCAAAAACACUGUAUUAAAUGAAACAAAAACACGGACAGAUCGUUCUUGAUCUACUGGCCUUGUUAUUUAAUUGUACAACUAACAUUGUAAUUGAGAACCUAUGGUAGGUAGAGAGCAGCUGUCAAGUUAAGAAUUUGUUCUCAAGUUUCAGUAAAGUAUCUGAUUGUAGUGCAUGCCAUCAAAUGCUAUGUGGUGUUCGACUUCGGCUGAAAAAAAAUCUAACAGGCCAAAAGAUUCAUGAUCAAAGUUGCAUACCUCUGUUUUUUUAUUUUAGAAGACAAAAGAAAUCACAUAUACAUUCUGUCAAUCAGUACAGUAUAUCUUUUACAGCCUUUGAUGCUGUGAUCCAUUCCCUCUCUUCUCUUUUUUAAUAAGCUGCUGUGACUCUUGUGAUGUCUGAUGGAAGGCUGGUACUAGUACUAUAACACUGUUAAGGAUGUUAAAACAGAAAUAAAUCUAAUGUGAAAGUGUGCAUUUUAUCUGUUGUCACAGUCAACUGUGUCAAGCAACAAAUUUGUUUACAUAUUUUAUUACAUUAUUGCUGUUGUACUUUGUAGGUAGAUUACUGUACAUAACAUUUAAGUUGGAUUAUUUAUUUUGUAUUUUACUGUACAGACUGAUCAUUUGAUUUAUCAGUGUAUUUCAUGAGGAUAUUCAAAACUGUAAUCUGAUUAUAAAGAAAGAUUUUGGAGCAACACAAAAUAUACAUAUUUUGAAAAGAGAGGAAAAAAACUUGUUAGGUUAGAAAUCUAAUCUUUCUCGGUGAUGUUUCUAAGUCGCAUGAAUAUUUGACUCCUGGAAGUUGUCAAUCAAAUACAAAAUGCCCUUCUUAAUUGUAUCGAGGCUUUCUUGUUAUCAAUUAUUUUUGUGUUAUUUUUUUAUUUCAAUGUGAACAAAAAACACAAAAUAAAAACAGAUUCUAAAAGUAUUAAAGCACGAUCCAGGCUAUCUAAUGAAAAUAAUAUGAUUAUACAGCGGUGUCUUGUUACAGAUUGCUGUUAUGGAGUCUUGCGAAAUGACUUCUUGCUUCUUUUUUUCUUUUCUGUGUUAUCUUUUUUUGUGUGUAUUCUUAUUUUCAAAGACUUUUGGAUCAAUAUGUGCAGACUGUAUGUGGGCUUCUAACGUUAUUUUUUUUAACCAAAUUUGAGUUAAUGUGAAUAUUAAUUUUAAUUUACUGUGUUGUUACUGAUUUAAUUCAUUCAUCUUUUUAUUUAUUUGGCAUCUAUGUUCGAGGAUAUGCUUAGCAAUAAAAUAUUAUUCCCAAA